GUUGAAACAACUUUUUUAUACCUAAUCCGAGUUUGUUGUGUCAGAUAUUAAACUCCCAAGUCCUUACCACCAUCACGACCACCAAUGGAGCUCACGUUCGUCAACGAUCUGGGACAUUCUUUCGACGUUGAAAUCGACCCAAAUAUGGAGCUGGAAAACGUGAUGGCACUGCUCGAGGCCGAGUCGGGCAUUCCAGUGUCAGAGCAACACAUAUCACACGACGGGCGGCAUCUCAAUGAUCCUAAAGCCACUAUACAACAGCUAGGUGUGACGGAUAAAGCUAUACUAUUAUUGCGGCGCACGGUUGCUAAUCCCGCGGGAGCCGCCGUGCCUCAAGACGAUGAGAUGAUGCGAUUACAGUUGCUUGGAGAUCCUUCUCUCAUGCGUGAGCUCAGAGAGAGCCAACCUGAACUUGCACAUGCAGUGGAGCAUGACCCUGCUCGUUUCUCCGAGCUCCUACGGCUGACGAAAGAACGGCAGUAUGAGGCUGAGCUGGCACAGCAACGGGAAAUCGCCAGUCUGAACGCGGAUCCUUUCGAUGUAGAGGCCCAACGAAAGAUCGAGGAAGCUAUCAGGCAGCAAGCUAUCCUGGAGAAUAUGGCUCAUGCUUUGGAGUAUUCACCAGAGAGCUUCGGGAGGGUCACGAUGCUUUAGUGGGUUGCAUGCACUUGUCCUUGUGCGCCUUUUGCCUAACAGCUCAAUAGUAUCCCGGUGGAGGUCAACGGGUGUAAAGUAAAUGCCUUCGUCGACAGCGGCGCACAA